AUGCUGAAACUAAUAUUACCUCAAACUGCCAUUCGGGCAGUAAAACAAAUCUUUGCUGUUAAAAUGGACAAGAAUUUUUCUACAUAUUGUCGGCUUUUGUCGUCUCAGAAGUUUACUGUACAAGAUUCAUUGCCUCACUUGCCAGUACCUCCGUUGGAGCAAACGUUGCACAAAUACCAUCAGUCUGUCCAGCCUUUGCUUGAUGAAGAAGAACUUGAGCACACAAGCAAGGUUAUUUCAAAAUUUAAGACCAAACAAGGCCCUCUGCUUCAGAAAUUACUGGAAGAAAGAGCCAAAAAGCAUGAAAAUUGGCUUUCUGACUGGUGGAAACAUCAUGCAUACUUAAAUUUUCGAUCUUCAGUUGUUGUCAACUCCAACCCAGGAGUGCUGUUACCCCGACAGAAUUAUGAAGGCGUUGAGGGUCAGCUAAAAUUUGCAGCAAAAUUUAUUUCUGGAAUUAUUGAUUAUAAAUUUUUGUUGGACGAAAAGAAGCUUCAUCCGGAAAAAAGUGGAAUGCAGCCUCUUUGCAUGGCUCAGCAUUACAACAUUUUGUCUUCCUGUCGCAUUCCAGGGAUCAAAAGUGAUUCCUGGCAUAAUUUUUCUGAAGAUUAUCCUUCUCAUAUUACAGUUAUUUCUAAUAAUCAUUUUUUUUCCCUGAAUGUUUAUGGGAAGAAAUGGAGGCCUUUGAGUGUAGAGCAGAUUUACCAACAACUGAAAGUUAUCUAUUCAAAAUCAGAAGAACCUGCACCACAAAUUGGAAUUCUCACCACAGAAAGUCGAAAUGAAUGGGGGAAAAUCUACAAGAAAUUGAUUAAAGAUAAACAGAACAGAGGUUCACUUGAAUCGAUACAGCAGAGCAUUUUUGUGGUUUGUCUUGAUCGAUUGAUUCCCUCAGUUGCUGCUGAUACAAAGCAAACAAAAUCUUUGAUGGCUGGUCAAAUGCUACAUGGGAGUGGAAGUAAUUCCUGUUCGGGCAACCGGUGGUUUGAUAAAACUUUGCAGGUAAUAAUUGGUCCUGAUGGCAUGUGUGGAUUGAAUUAUGAACAUACAUCGGCAGAAGGUCCUCCGAUAAUAACAUUGUUAGAUCAUGUUCUUACUUAUUGUUAUGCAAAUGAAGAGAAAAUUCUUCCUGCUGUUGGCAUUCAGGAACCAGUGAGGUUGAAGUUUAAUCUUGGAACCAAAAUUUUAGAGGCAAUAGAAAAUGCAAAGAAAAAUGCUGACUCCUUAAUUGAUGAUGUUGAUUUAACCAUAUCUCAGUACACCUUAUUUGGGAAAGAAUUCCUUAAAUCUGUGAAAUUCAGUCCUGACGCCUUCAUCCAAGUCGCGCUACAACUUGCCUAUUACAGACUAUAUAAAGAGCCAUGUGCUACAUAUGAGAGUGCAUCUCUUCGCCGUUUCAAAUAUGGACGAACAGAAACCAUCCGUUCUUGUACAGUUCCAUCCUACCUCUUCACAUGUGCCAUGGAUGACAGCCGAGUGCCAGCCAUAGAAAAAAUCCAGUUCUUGCGCCAGGCUGUUCAAGUGCAUAAAAACAUUAGCAACGAUGCAAUCAGUGGUCAAGGUAUUGAUCGACAUUUGCUUGGAUUGAAGUUGAUUGCUAUUGAGAAUGGGAUGGACAUCCCAAAACUCUUCAUGGACACUGCUUACACAAAGAAUAUGCACCACAAACUAUCUACGAGCCAAGUUUCAAGUAAAUAUGAAAGCAUAAUGUGUUAUGGUCCUACAGCACCUGAUGGUUAUGGUGUGUGUUAUAACCCUCAAAGUUCCGCGAUCGGAUUUGCUGUAUCUGCCCUGGACACCAGUCCAGAAACCUGCUCCAAGAAAAUGACUGCUGCCAUUCACCAAAGCCUUUCAGACAUGCAGAAGCUGACAUUAGAAUUUCAAGUGUCUAAAUUAUAA